CUCACAGCUAAUAGAUAAUUAAGGCUUGAUCAGCUGGGUUGAUAGGUUUGAACAAGUUACCUGGCUGCCUACUUCUAAAUUUACUUUAGCUUCUCCCUACCUAAUUCCUUCCUUCCCCUCUUGGUACACUUGUGAGAUUUCACCAAUCUAUAAAUGUGCAUUUAGUUGUCUGGUGAAGCUUGUGCCAAUGCUCCUUAUCUCAAUCAUGUAUAAGUCAUGAAAGUUUCACUUUUGCUGUCAGUUGUGCUUCUCCAAGCACUGGGCUAUGGUCUUGGGGCAAGGAUACUGGCUGUGCUACCAUUUCCUGUCAGGAGUCACUUCUUCUUCUUGUCAGCCAUCUUGAAAGCCUUGUCUCAGAGAGGACAUCACAUUGUUGAAUAUAGCCCCUUCCCUCCUAGUAAACCUCUUCCUAACUACACCCACGUCGAGGUCCAUACAUUCCUUGAUGGUUUUAUCAAGGAAUGGAGUUUUGAAGAAUUCUUGGAGAUAUCCAAAGACGUGCCAGUUCUUGGUUUAGGAUUUAUAAAUGUUUGGAAUGUUUCGAGAAAAGUAUGUGAGGAAGCUUUUCAACAUGAAAACUUAAAAAGACUAAUCGGUUCUGAUGAGAAAUUUGAUCUUGUUAUCACAGAAUCUGCACUUGGACAAGAAUCCAUGUUGGUUUUUGGGCACAGAUUCAGAGCGCCGACUGUAAACACUGCAUACAUUCUCUUCCUGGAGCGGCAUUAACAGAGAUGCAGGAAACGCCUUGUCUAUUGCUUCCAUUCCUGAUAUCAGCUCAGUUGUAGCAACAGAUCAAAUGUCUUUUGUUGACAGAUUCUUAAAUUUCAUCUCCAUUUUGACGACCCUCUUUAUAUACUACAAUCACCAUCUACCAUUACAAGACAAUGUACUGAAAGAGAACUACAAGCUGGAUGCUCCCCCUGUAGCUGACAUGGUUAGCAAUGUCUCGCUGUACCUCAUCAACACUCAUCCUACCGUGGAGUAUUCUAAACCUUACACUCCUAAUAUCGUACCUGUCGGAGGAAUCGUGAUCGAAGCUGACAGAGCACCUCUUCCUCAGGACAUCCAAAAAUUUAUGGAUGGAGCGGCUAAAGAUGGGGUGAUUUACUUCAGUUUGGGAACCUUAGUGCCUAUUCAUCGUAUGCCAAGUGACCAGUUGCAAAUGUUUGUGAAUGUGUUCAAUAAACUGAAACAGAAAGUUCUGUGGAGGAUUAAUCUUGACACCAUACCUGGCCUAUCUGACAAUGUGAAGCUUAUAAAAUGGGUUCCUCAACCAGGGGUCUUAGCUCACCCUAACUGUGUACUAUUCAUAACACAUGGGGGACUAUUUGGACAACAGGAAGCCAUCCAUGCAGGAGUACCAACUGUUGGUAUUCCAAUCUUUGCGGACCAGCCGUACAACAUCAAAUUUGCAGAACACCGUGGCAUUGGAGUUAAACUUACAUUCAACACCUUGUCAGAAGAAACUAUCUACACUGCUAUUAAUACUGUCUUGAACAAUCCAAAGUACAAAGAGAAUGCUCAGCGACUAUCUCGCAUAUUCCGGGACAGACCAAUGUCCCCGGCUGACUCAGCAGUGUUCUGGGUGGAGUAUGUGCUGAGGCAUGGAGGAGCUCAUCACCUGAGAUCUGCUGCCACACAACUGUCCUGGUACCAGCUGGCUCUCCUGGAUGUCCUGGCAGCUGUCUUGGCUGUUGUAGCCACCAUUAUCAUCCUUCUCUUUGUCUUAAGGAGGAUAUGCUCAUUAGUGUUCAUCGCGAAGAAGCAAUCAAAAGUGACAACAAUGAAAAAGGAAAAUUAAGACAUGUCAUCUUACAAUAACUACAAAGUGCUUGAUUCUCAUUCCUUCUAAAUGUGUUCCAAAUAUAAAAUCAAAUGUGAUUUGAAUAUUCUAAGUGUUUCAGUAGUUUUAAAUGAGUCAUUCACUUUUUAGGUAGAGUUUUUUUUAUGGUAAUUUAUUAGACAUUCAUAUUAUGACAGCCAUAAUGCAAAGGGUUGAAGUGAGUUAUAUGGCACAAGCCUUGGUGAGCAUUAUAUAUAGGUAAAUGAAGCAAGUCAUAGUAUAGUUCUAUUUUAAAUGUGGUUGUAUUUUAAGCAAUGUUUCAAAAACCUAUUUGCAUAAAACUAUUAAUAAAUAUUUUAUAAAAACCUGC